AUGCCUCAUCACCGUCAUCGACACCGCCAUCACCACCACCAAACCGUAGAGCCGCAGCGGCAACCCCCAGCCCGCGCGGCAGAACAAAGCGAGCCUGACCCGCAAACCGUCAUGGCCAUCACCAGGCGAUACCUCCCCAUCUUCCUCGCCGCCUUCGCGCUGAACUGCAUCAUGGUCCUGACCGAGUACCGCAGGCCGGGGCUGCUCACGUCCGUCGGGCCGCUGCGCAGCACGCCCCGGCACGAAUGGGCCGUCUACACGCUCGCCCUGCUGCCGUUUUGGCUGUGGAGCGCCAUCGUCUGCAUCAUGGUCAACGGCAUCCUGACCAACCCCGAGUCGCCCCGGUCCAUGGCGAGCGGUGUGGCGGUCUGCACCAUCAAGGUGCUCUACCUGGUGUACAACAUUGUGCCCGUCUAUCUCCUGCUGAGCCGGUACAUGCCUGCCGAGAAUCGGAGCGUGUUUAGGGAUGCUUCGGUCUUGGUGUGCCACAAUUUCAUGGGGAGUGCUAUGCUGACUUGCACUGCUCCGUGGAAACUAGCCGCCGUCAGCGACUGGAUCUGGUGA